AUGCGAGCUCCGUCCACAGACCUGCUGCGCGCGCUGCGUCGAGCUACUACAACCACACCCUCACCCAAUGUGGUAUACACGUCGCGGCCCCGGGCCCAACUACGGUGUCAUCGACUGUAUGCCUCUCAGCCACAGCACCAUCCCCGUAUCCGUGCCUUCUCAACAACUCCUACAUAUCAUGAUCAGCAAUCUUCCGCCCGUCCACCGACUUCACCCGCUCAAUCAUCCAACAUCCCGCCGCGCCCGCGCCCGACCGCGCCUCCUCCCAAUCCCGCGCGUCCCGGCUCACCGCGGAUCAACCCCUACGCGCCCUCGAAGAGCAAGGACAGAGGCCCGGCCUCCAAGGAAGAGACGCAGACGGACUUUUCAAAGCUCGACAUCUACGCCUCCGCGGGCGUCGAGGAGCCCGCGACGUCCAUCGACGCCUGCACGCCCGACGGCUUCCACUUGAACAAUGGCGUGCAAACGUCCGGAGGUCGGGGGGUGGUGCUCGUGGGAGGCGAGGGAUUCGUGUGGAGUCCCUGGGAUGAUGCCACAACCUCCUCGACCUCACCCGCGUCCGGCCAGAAGCAAGCCGCAGCGUCACGGUCACGCUUCUCACAGUUCCUAACCGCCCGCUCUGUCCUCGACUUCCCGCCCUCGGCGUUCGGGUUGCUCGCCUUACUCUACCCGAAGCCCGACCUGUUGAUCUUCGGCACGGGGCGGCAAUUGCACAUGCUUUCCAAGGACACGAGGCGGUACCUCUCCGAGGAGCUGGGCAUGAAGGUCGACGUGAUGGAUACGGCGAACGCGGCUGCGGCGUAUAAUUUGCUUGUGAUGGAGCGAGGGGUGGAAGGGGUGGGCGCGAUUUUGAUCCCAGAGGGGUUCGUGUAG